AUGCCAUUGAUGCCAAUGGGUGUAGGAACGGAUAGUGUUAGUGUUUUAUGUUCCUCCAUGUUGUUCAUGUUCAUCUUCAGCUUGUUUCCCUCACAGUAUUGGGCUGAAGUUUUUGAUAUAAGUUCUUCACAGCCAUUGGCACAGGGACAAAAUUUAGUUUCUCCUAGCCAAGUUUUUGAAUUGGGAUUCUUUACUCCUAAUUGUUCUGCUAAUAAGUAUGUGGGGUUGUGGCACAAAAGUGUUUUUCCUCGCAAAGUUUUAUGGGUGGCUAACAAAGAAAAUCCCCUUGCAGUUAAUGAUACCUUGGCUAGAUUGAGAAUUGCCAGCAAUGGGAAUCUGGAGCUCAUAGAUGGGGGGAAGAAUUCUGUCUGGUCAACCAAUAUUUCAGCUCCAUCUAAUAGUUCAUCUGCAGUUCUUUUAGACACUGGAAACUUUGUUCUCAGAGAUGAUGCUGGAGCUGAUUUGUGGGAGAGUUUUAGCUACCCUUGUGACACACUCCUACCAAGCCAGCUGCUAGGAUAUGAUAGUAAAUCUGGAAAGAGGCAGUUCUUGACUUCAUGGAAAAGUGAGAGUGAUCCAUCAACUGGAAAAUAUAUUGUUGGACUAGCCCCUCAGAUGCCAUCACAAGUUUUCAUUUGGAUUAAUGGGUCAACUCCCCACUGGAGAAGUGGGCCAUGGGAUAGAUCAAAGUUCAUUGGUGUACCAAGUAUGGAUGAUCGAUAUCAAAGUGGAUUCAGUCUAGAUGAUAAUGUGAUAAAGGGAUCCAAGUAUUUCUCUUAUAGUUUUUUUGACUAUACUAUCUCCUAUUUUAGCAUCUCUUCGGAAGGAAUAGCAGAUCUUAUGCUCUCAGAAAAUGGCAAGAACUGGUUUCUUAACUGGAAGACACCAUAUAAUCCAUGUGACAAUUAUGGAGCAUGUGGACCUUUUGGGGUUUGUAAAGCUUCUGAGUCUCAUAUCUGCAAGUGUUUGAAAGGCUAUGUACCAGAAUCAGAUGAGGAAUGGAGCAAAGGAAACUGGACAGGAGGAUGCGUAAGGCAAACCAAAUUGUUUUGUGACAGUGAGACAGGUAAGUCAGUCUCAUCAAGAACAAAACAAAAUGAUGAUGGCUUUUUGAAGAUUACAAGGUUGAAAGUACCUGAUUCUCAUGAAUUAGUUGUUACACCUUUGGAUGCUGAAAACACUUCUGAUGACUGCAAGAUACGGUGCCUGAAUAAUUGUUCUUGCCUCGCUUAUGCAUUUGUUAAUAAAUUAGGGUGCUUGGUCUGGUCCAAAGACCUUAUUGAUAUGCAGCAGUUUUCCUCUGGUGGAGAAGAUCUUUAUAUUCGCCUAGCACACGCAGAACUAGAUGAAGGAAAGCCAAUAAAGUUAAUUGCCAGUCUUAUAGCUGUUUGUUCUGUUAGCAUCGUGGUUGCCAUAGUGUUUGGUUGGCACAGGUUGGGAGCAGCUAACCGAAAGGAAUCAGGGGACAUCAAGACAACAAGACAUUAUUUCGGGUCGAUUAAUACAUUUCAGUCUUCAAGAGACGCUCUUCGGGAAUAUAUAGGAAAGCAUGAUCUAUCAGAGCUUUUGAUCUAUGAUUUUGAAACCAUAUUAGUAGCUACAAAAAAUUUCUGCAUCACAAACAAACUAGGGCAGGGUGGCUUUGGUCCAGUUUAUAAGGGUAUGCUAGAAGAAGGCAAGGAAAUAGCAGUGAAAAGGCUAUCUAGUAGCUCAGGACAGGGCAUUGACGAGUUCAAGAAUGAAAUGUUGUUGAUCUCAAAUCUUCAACACAAAAAUCUUGUUAGGAUCAUGGGUUGCUGCAUCAAAGAAGAUGAGAAGUUACUGAUUUAUGAGUUCAUGCCUAACAAAAGCCUGGAUACUUUUCUAUUCGAUCCAACAAGAAGAGCAGUGCUUGAUUGGGCCAGCCGCUUUAAUAUUAUUCAAGGGGUUGCUAGAGGGCUAGUUUAUCUCCAUCAUGAUUCCUAUUUGAAGGUAAUACAUAGAGAUCUGAAAGUAAGCAACAUUCUCUUGGAUGAGAAAAUGAACCCAAAAAUCUCAGAUUUUGGAUUGGCACGCAUAGUUGAAGGAACGCAGAAUUUAGAAAAUACUCUGAAGGUUGUGGGAACACGUUUCGGUGUCUUGAUAUUGGAGAUUAUUAGUGGCAAGAAGAAUGCCAGCUUCUGUUUAUAUGACCAACAGCUAGGCUUUCUAGCUUAUGCAUGGAACUUGUGGAAUGAAGGCAGGGGACUGGAGUUACUGGACGAAGUAUUAGGUGAUUCAUAUGCAUCGUCAGAAGUAAUGAAAUGUGUAAAUAUUGGGCUUCUUUGUGUACAGGACAGUGCUGCUGAUAGACCAACUGUGGCUGAUAUAGUUUUGAUGCUAAGUAGUGACACGGAUGGUCCACAACCCAAGCUGCCUAGUUUUUGGAUUGUGAUGCCAAUGGGUGUUGGAUUCAAUAGUGUUAGUGUUUUAUAUUCCUCCAUGUUUUUGCUGUUCAUCUUCAUCUUAAUUCCCUCAAUGUAUUCGGCUGAAGUUUAUGAUAUAACUACUUUGAGGCCUUUGGCACAGGGGCAAAAUCUAGUUUCUCCUAGCCAUGUUUUUGAAUUGGGAUUCUUUAGUCCUAAUAAUUCUGCUAAUAAGUAUGUGGGGUUGUGGCACAAAAGUAUAUUUCCUCGUAAAAUUGUAUGGGUGGCUAACAGAGAAAAUCCCCUUGCAGUUACAGACACCUUGGCUACUUUGAGAAUUGGAAGCACUGGGAAUCUGGAGCUCAUAGAUGGGAAACAGAAAUCUAUUUGGUCAACCAAUAUUUCAGUGUCAACUAAUGGUUCAGCUGCAGUUCUUUCAGACGACGGAAACUUUGUUCUCAAAGAUGAUAUGGGAGCUGAUUUGUGGCAGAGUUAUGCUUAUCCGAGUGACUCACUUCUGCCAAGCAUGUUACUGGGGUUCAAUGGUCUUACUGGAAAACAGAAUUUUUUGACAUCCUGGCAAGGUCAAGAUGAUCCAUCAACUGGAUUAUUCUCACUUGGAUUGUCAGCACAGAAGCCAUCACAAAUGUUCAUUUGGGUUAAUAGAUCAACUCCCCACUGGAGAAGUGGGCCAUGGGAUAAAUCCAAGUUCAUUGGUGUGCCUGAAAUGAAUGGUCAAUAUCAAAGUGGAUAUACUCUAGAUGAUGAUGCAAAACAGGAAACAAGGUAUUUUUCUUACAUUCUAUUUGACAAGACUGUUGCAUAUCUAGACAUAUCUAACGAAGGAAUUUCAAAGAUUAUGUUUUCGAGAGUGGGAGAGAGUUGGAAUCUUUUCUGGACCGGCCCAAAGAAUCCAUGUGACAUAUAUGGAGCAUGUGGACCUUCAGGGGUUUGCAAAGCUUCGGACACUCCAGUCUGCAAGUGUUUGAAAGGGUUUCAACCCAAGUCAGACGAGGAAUGGAGCAAAAGAAACUGGACUGGAGGUUGUGCCAGACAAACCAAAUUGUUCUGUGAGACACACACAAAUACAUCAGUCUCGUCAGUUGGAAAAGAAGGGUUUUUGAAGAUGGAAAACUUGAAAGUGCCUGAUCUUCAUGAAUAUCUUGCAUCUUUAUCUGAAGUGGACUGCAAGACACAUUGCUUGAGAAAUUGUUCUUGCAUGGCUUAUGCAUAUGUUGAUAAUAUAGGGUGUUUGGUCUGGUCCAAGCACCUUAUUGAUAUGCAGCAGUUUCCUUCUGGCGGAGUAGAUGUUUAUAUUCGCCUAUCACACUCAGAACUAGACGAAGGAAAGCCGAUAAAGUUAAUUGCCACCCUAAGUACUAUUGGUUGUGUGAGUCUUUUGGCUGCCAUAGUCUUCGGUUUGCAAAGGUUCUAUGCCAAUCAAAAGGGCCACAUCAAAUCAACAACACAGGGCUUCAAAUCACCUGGUAUGAUUAAAACUUCUAGAGAUGGUCUUCGAGAAUAUAUUGGAAAGCAUGAUCCCUCGGAGCUACAGGUAUAUGCUUUUGAUAGCAUACUAAUUGCUACAGACAAUUUUAGCAUCACAAACAAACUCGGGCAAGGAGGGUUUGGCCCAGUUUAUAAGGGGAUGCUACCCGAAGGGAAGGAAAUAGCAGUAAAAAGAUUAUCUAGUAGCUCAGGACAAGGAGUUGACGAGUUCAAGAAUGAGAUGCUGUUGUUUUCUAAUCUUCAACACAAAAAUCUUGUUAGGAUCAUGGGUUGCAGCAUUAACGAAGAUGAAAAGUUACUUAUCUACGAAUUAAUGCCAAACAAAAGCUUGGAUACUUUUCUAUACGAUUUGACAAAGAGAGCAGUGCUUGAUUGGGCUGCACGCUUCAAUAUUAUUCAGGGUGUUGCUAGAGGGCUUCUUUAUCUCCACCAUGAUUCCUAUGUGAAGGUGAUACAUAGAGAUCUGAAAGUCAGUAACAUUCUCUUGGAUGAGAAAAUGAAUCCAAAAAUUUCAGAUUUUGGAUUGGCACGCAUAGUUGAAGGAACACAAAGUUUAGAAAAAACUCAGAAGGUUGUGGGAACACGUGGCUAUAUGUCUCCAGAGUACGCAUUGGGUGGGAUAUUUUCUGAAAAAUCUGAUGUCUACAGCUUUGGGGUCUUGGUAUUGGAGAUUAUUAGCAGCAAGAAAAAUACCAGCUUCUGUUUACUCGAGCAACAGCUUGGCUUGCUAGCCUAUGCAUGGAACUUGUGGAAUGAAGGCAGGGGACUGGAGUUAGUAGAUGAAUUAUUGGGCAACUCAUAUUCCUCAUCAGAAGUAAUGAAAUGCGUGCAUAUUGGGCUUCUUUGUGUACAGGACAGUGCUGCAGAUAGGCCAACAAUGGCAGAUAUACUUUUGAUGCUAAGUAGUGACACGGAUGGUCCAGAACCUAAGCAGCCUGUGUUCACUAUCCAGAACUCAUUUCCUCAAUCUCAACCUCAAGAUGGAAGUACUUACUCCACAAAUAAAGCUACCAUUACAGUGAUUGAAGGACGAUAAGCACUGCAACUGUUGCAUCACAAUGUAUAGCGCUGCCUGCAUUGUAAUAAUAAUCAUUCAAUGUUCCUAUCGGUU